AUGUGCUUGCAUGCCAAGUGCCUCGUCAAGUUUUCUCUGUGCAGGUCGUCAGCGACGGCUCGGUCAGAGGAAGUUGUGACAAUCAUGCGUGGCUACUUCUGGAAGUUCAACACCGGAGUGGAGCUUUCGUCCGAAAGCCUUGGGAAGUUGGCGAACUGGCGCAGGCGCCAAGUGGACUGGGCCUGGGCAUGUCGGCAACCAUGCGUCUUCAGGCGGAUCUUCUGCCUGCAGCGAAAGUCCGCAAGAACUGCCAGCGGCUCAGUGAGCCCCAGAGUUUCAGACCACAAGGUGCUUCGUAACCUGUCAGCCUCGGAGGUCAUCACGUACCUUUCCGAGCACCUAGGCCGUUUCAGCUUUCAGAAGGACCCGCUUGAUUCUGCCGGUGUGAGUUCCAAGGAAAGAGAAUGGCGUCCUGCAGCUGGCGUGCGUAGUCCAGGGUGCGCAUUUUCACAUCUGUCCAUGGCCGCCCGGAUGGAGAACUAUGUCUCGGGGAGCUCCCUACGCUGUGUAAACUGGUGCAACGCGUUGCCAGCCUGCGAAGCCAAGGCGGCAAACUUGCAGAGUGUCGAGGCUGCCAGGAGUGGAGCUGGAAGUGCCGGAGUCGAGCAGAGAAGUAGCCCGGAACUCUACGACUCCAUGCGGCAGUAUGACGUCGCUUUUGCUGGAAAGCCGAUGAGUUCCAGCUACGCCUCGCUCAUUCCUGAACGCUUGCAGGUGCUGUGCUUCCGACGAUUGCAGGAUGCCAUGGAGCCCUCUUUGAUACUCGGGGCUCGUCCAGAGUUGAUGCGUGUGUGGGAAGGGGUGCUGCAAGAAGCAGUCCCGUCCCUGUGUAUCGAUUUGGACAUGGCUGGGGGGCUCAAAGCAAGCGCCCGCGAGGCUUAG